AUGACAAGCCUGUUGACGUCCGGCUCCGUGCCUUCGGCCGGGCGCAACAUCACUCUGGAAGACUAUGAUAGUCUCCCGAAUCCUGCGUACCGAGACAAGAUAGAGGAGGUGUAUUUCGGGCCAUGGACUCGGAGCAGUACCGUUCAAGCGCUCCUGGCACCCCACGGGCCACUGUGGCCCAUGGACAUCUUCCUCUCUGCUUUGUCCGUGCUCGAGCGCGAGCCGGAUCUCUCAGCCAACUCUCUUUACUUCUCAGCAAUAUCCUCCGUGCUCUGCAGAGCACUGACAGUCAUCCGCGCCAAAUCGCAAGCACCUUCUCCUGCCCCUCUUCCAGUCGAGCUGUCCUCGGAGGAACGGCGUGCUGUGCGAAAGCGCAUUGUGUCGACCGUCCACCACUGCCCGAGCAACCCGUUGCGCGUGCAAGUCCUGCGCAACAUGCACAUCAAGUGGACGUCGGCCAUGAUGCGCCGUUCCGGGUACUCCAGCGACGACUCGGAGAACACCAGCGACGAGGACGAGGGCGACAUCAUUCUCGUGCGGCGGGCUGAAUCGCCGACCCGUGCCACACGCCACAUUCCUUUGGAUCUGCUUAUCUUGUCUGGACUCUUUGAUCCAUGGCACUCUGCUGCCGUGUUGUACUUCCACUUGCUAUCUUCACACAAAUGGAUUGUGAGCCUGCGCAUAUCGCUUACCGUACCUCUGAUCGGAUCCGGCGCUGCGGGCCUCAUAACUGCUCAAACCCUCGUCGCCGACGGGUUCACCAACGUGCAGGUCUUUCGUGCGAAUCGAGUGCAGGCGGGGUGUGGUCUAGAGAUCGUCUCUACCCUGGACUGCAGAUCAACAGAUAACGUCCACAGUGUCCACGGUGAAUACGAAUUCUCUGCGCUCGAGAUGCCAGCGAACCCGAUCAAUCGGCAGCGCAUCACGGGUGUCCAGAUGCAGCGGUACAUGGAGACUUUUGCGAAGACCUUCCUCGCGCGGAACAUCCGGUACGAUGUGCGCGUCAUGAAUCUUCGGCGUGAGCAAGGGAUCUGGUACGUCACUUUGGAGGAUCUCAACAGCAGAAGCAAGAGGUGCUCCAGUUCUCCCGCGUGGUCCUCUGUACUGGGGUAUGCUCGCCCGAUGCUUUCUGUCGCGUGCUCAUCCAGUCUCAAGGGAUGCUUCAUACCUCGCAUACCCGAAAAUUUGACGCCCGCUUCGGCCCAGAAGGCAGGCUUCGUCGGCCCCGUCGUCCACUCCCGGUUCCAUGCAUCACAUCUGGCCGACAUCAUGGCUGCAGUGCCCUCGAAGACGUGCACAGCGGAACCGAAGACGCUCGUCGUCGUGGGUGGCGGCAAAUCAGCACAAGAUAUCGCAGCUUAUUACGCCAACGAAGGCCGACGCGUGACGAUUGUGUACAAGGAGCUAUCGCCGUUCCUUGCGACUCCGCUGCAUCUGCCAGGUUUCCUUCGCAAGAGCAGGUUUCUUGCUGUUUUUUCACUCUCUCAGUACCCGCAAACGCGGCUCGAGCACUUUCUGCACCACACUUGGAUUGGCGACAAGGUCGCCGCGUCGCUUUGGUCGAUGCUGCGAUGGUUCUCGUUUCUGACCGUUUCUGCUCUCGCGCCGCGGUCGCCUUUGCAGUGCACUGAGCAUCUGCGUUGGAGCGCCCAUCUCUCCGAGGAAGGCGUUCCACUCCGAAAUGGGUUCCAUGCGCACGUUACUGCAGGUACCAUCCAAGCGAUCCCCAGGACUGUCGUUCGCUCGUUCGGGACAGACGGACAUUCUUUGGUUCUGGACGACGGCAGGAUCAUCGCAGCGGACGCUGUCAUGCUGGCCACUGGGCACGCGUCGUCCUGGGCUGGCGUAUUCGAUGAGAACACGGCGCUGGAAGUGGGGAUUCACCGCUCAGAAGAAACGAGGAUGUCGCCACUCUACCACGGAAUCGUGCCUGCUAAAAACAUCUACCAGCGAGAUUUGGCCGUCAACGGUGCAGUAUACGGCUUUAAUCCAGGCUACACAUGGGAAGCCGUCGCGCACUGGAUCUCCUCGUAUUUUCUCGGAGACGCUCUCAACAUCCCGCAAACGCAGGCGCACGUCGACCAGGCGACGACACGCGAUGCACUGUGGCUCCGCCGGCGCUUCCCGCACGCAGCCAAGAUCUGCGAGUCGAACAGCGGCUACAUCACCGCGUAUUCGUACGUGGUCGCAGUACUGCGACGAGCUUUUCAGAGACAUGGGGCUCAAGACGCAACGAUCGGGGGGAAAUUGGUUGACGUGGCCGUUCCGCCUCAUACGGAUGAGCGAUCUGAAGAACCUCAGAGAAGAGCGAAAGCAGCAACGUACAUACAGCUAGAGUACAGUCGUAGAAAAUCACGAGCGGAAUCGGACGCGGAACGUCGUUACAUGCGGCCAACUGAUGCCAUCACAUUGAUGCAGUAUAAAUUUUCGCAGACGGCUCGGCGGCUCUUGCCUCCUGCCUGUAACCGCAAUGUCAAGAUUUUGUCCUUCUAG